UUCAAUAUACCAUUUUGGCCGAGUGAAAUCACUCGAAUCGUGGUACCGAUGGCCAAAGAUGAUGGUAGAAGAAAAGAAGUCACGAAGAAGGGCCUCAUAUUGAGGAAAGCGCUUGAAGAGGGAUCUUUCGACUCAAUCGACGACUUCUUGAGCUCUAUGAAUCUUACUCAGGACAACUACCUCAAUGUGAUUAGAGCAUCCAUCAAACGUCCCAUCGUUCUAUACCGGAGAGAUAUGAAAGAUAUCUGGACGAAUACUUUCAAUCCAUGGAUUGCUAACACCCUGAAAUCUAACAUGGACUUGCAAUUCAUUCUGGACGAAUAUACUUGCGCAGCUUACGUCGUCGAGUACGUGAACAAAACCAAUCGCGGUAUUUCAGAUUUGCACCGUAAAAUGACAAAUUUACAAGAUGAAUACCCCGACGAGAAAUACACCGAACUCCUUAAACGUCUCAGUGUUCGGAUGUUGGACUCGGUCGAGAUGACCGCUCAAGAAGCCGCCUGGUUUUGCUUGCGACAGCCGAUGAGUGUUGCGAGUCGAGAUACUAUAUAUAUCACGACCGACGUCCCAAACAAGCGCACUCUUUGCCAUAAAACGAAAGCUGCCAUGGACUCCGAGGGUCUACCGGCAGAAUCGACGGACGUAUGGUCCCAGAACGUCAUCCAAAAAUACGAAUCGCGACCGUCAUACUUAGAGGACAUGUCUGUAGCAGAUUUCACUUCGCUUACUCGUCAAGUGAGAGGCAAAAAACAUCCAAACGGAGAAGACUUGUUCAUAGAAAGGGACUACGCACGGAUUAUCCGAUGGACAUACUUCAAGCCAACUGAUGAGCUAAAUUACAAGCGAAGCAUGGUCAUGUUGUUCCACCCAUUCCGCAAUGAGCACAUCGACUAGUUAGACGAUGACAACUUUCUCAAACUAUAUGACGAGAACGAGCUCCGUAUUAUUGAAAGGCGGAAACGAUACGAUUGUUAUGAAGACUUUGAGAACAAUGUGAGCAAGUUCCGAGAAAUAUGGCUUCAAGCAGAAGAAGACCAGAGCAUCGAAGACUCCGAAGAAACCGAGGGUUACUUUCAUGAUCCCAAUCGAACGUUCGCACGACAUAACGAUGAUAUUCGUCAAGUGAAAAUUCCCAAUUCCAUGUCAUCUGUGAUUAAGAAGAGGAGCAAUGUUCUCAGCGCCGCCGACUAUUGUGAAGCAAUGCGUCGAGCGAAUUUCGAGCAGAAAGCACUCAUGAAACACUGCAUCGCCCGGAUCUUCGAUCCAACCCUGCCUCCAGUGCAAAUAUUCUUCACUGGACCAGCAGGCUGCGGGAAAACCUUCACACUUAGACUCUUAAUGGAAACCUACAAUCGCUUCGUACAAACACACGACUCCGAAAGAAACGUUUACGUUUCCGCUGCUUCGACUGGGAAAGCCGCCUUAGCCAUAGGAGGGACAACCGUCCAUCAUGCCUUCAGCAUUUGUACAAUGCAACGUCGAGGUGGGUUAUCAUUCGAGCAAAUGCAACUAUAUCGCUGUGCAUUUGCUGGCAUCAAAAUAGUCUUCAUCGACGAAAUCAGUAUGAUCGGUGCGGGAAUCUUUCACACCGUCAAUGAACGACUGAAAAAUAUCACGAUGGACCACGAUUCCCCCUUUGGCGGCAUGGAUAUCAUCUCCUGUGGUGACCUGCGGCAAUUACCUCCUGUUUCCAUGAAGCCAAUCUACGAACCAUUAACCAGAGGAAUUCAUCGAUCAGUUCUCUGGCAGUCCUUGAAAUACUACCCCCUCCGCCAAGUGAUGCGUCAAGCUGAUACAUUAUUUUCCACGAUCUUGACGAAAAUUGGAGAUGGGGACACACACACAGAAGAGGAACGAGCGAUCAUCGAGGCUCGUUUCCGCACCAGAGAAUGGUGCGAAACAGAAGCAAAUGACGCGAUACGUUUAUUCCACAAAAAUGUUGACGUGGAUGAAUAUAACAAAUCCGUCGUUCAUCCAAAAUGGACAUCGGUGGCUGUCGACGUGUACUUGGGUCACCACGAUCAAAACCAACUCUCGACGGCUCGAACUAAAGUUCAUAAAAUGACACCAUCAGAAUCCGGCAACAUUCUCUACCAUAUUCCAUUGGAGUUGAACCAACCAUACAUGGUCACCUGUAACGUAGACGUCGAGGAUGGUAUCGUGAAUGGCGCCAUCGGUUCUUUGAAACAAGUUGACUUCAAGGUUGACGAUGCUGACACCGAUUCCCCAGAUCAACCGUUCUGCCUAUGGUUAGACUUUUCUGACAACUUAGGCAUCGGAGGUUUAGCAAGAACAAAGCACAGACCGAUGGCAGUUACAAGAAAAGACUUACAGACCUCAUGGACACCUCUCUUCAGACGGAAAGUAACUUUUCCUGUCACCAAAGGCAGUACGGUUCGGUGUAGCCGAUCUAAUUUUCCACUUUGUCUAGCUCGCGCUAUGACCACGCAUAAGUCCCAAGGAGCCACAUUCGAGAAGGUUGUGUUCGACUACCAUCGUUCCCUACAACAGCAAUUGGUCUAUGUUGCCAUGUCAAGAGUCCGAUCGAUUGAUGGCUUGUUCAUGACAAACUCUUCGAACGAUUUCAAGUUUUAUCAUGCCGGUGGAUCUUCUUCGCCUAAGAUCAUACAGUUGAGAAGCGAACUAGCUCGCCUGGCGAAGAACAAAUUCGAGACGCUUGACCAGUCUACGAUGGACAAAAUUUCUGGCAAUAUCAUCAUUCUCAACUUCAACGUACAGAGUUUAAGAGCUCAUUGCUCCGAUCUCGAAAACGAUGAUCUACUGAUGAAGUCUCAUUUGCUUUGUUUAUCGGAAACUUGGAUGAAAAACACUGAAGAAAUCGGCAUCCGGGGAUUCAAUUUGAUCGCUCGAAACAAAAGGGUAGACAGAACCGGUGGAGUCGCUAUAUAUGCUAAUAUAGAUAUGGGCUGCUCGGUCACGACAACAUAUGAGCAACCACAUCUCGAAGUUUCCCACGGAGACAUCUGUUUCGCCGACAUAUUGAUUAGAGAACGGCCGAUCUUACUCGUUGUGGUAUACAUCUCCCCAGGAACUAAUUUCAAUCAGAUCACGGAUUUUUUUGGAAUUCACGGCCAACUCCUGACCCAACGUCUCGAUUCACAGAAUGCUUCCACCAUACUGUGCGGAGAUUUCAAUUGGAACAUCCAAGACCAAACUAAGAGAGAUUGUUUGACUCAAUUCAUGAAAGUCUCCUUCAAUCUCGAGCUCGAAACAGAUUUUUCUCUCUCUACAACACGGGAUCGCUCAUGUAUUGAUCUCAUCUUCUCGAAUUUAUCUUCUGAAAAGAUAAUAAUCAAUAACGCGAGUUAUUUCAGUUAUCAUAAACCUGUGUUCUUCGGUGUGAAGGAUUAG